UUCACAGCAGAAGUGUGUCCGUGUGUAUGUGUGUGUCAGUGUGUGUGUGUGAGAGAGAGAGAAAGAGAGAGAUCUGUGGAAAUGGAAACAGAUCAAGCUGCUAAAUUGGAGUUUGCGGUGCAGAUGAGCUGUGAGAGCUGCGUACGUGCCAUUAAAGGUGCACUUGAGAAACAGCCUGGCGUGCAGUCGGUGCAGGUGGACUUGGCUCGGGAGGAGGUUUUCGUUGAGACGUCUCUUUCCACUCAAGAGGUUCAGGGUCUGAUUGAGAGCACGGGCAGAAGAGCUGUACUGAAGGGCAUCGGGGGAUCAGAACCAGAUCUGGGAGCGGCCGUGGCUAUGCUGAGUGGGGCGGGGCUAGUGCAGGGCGUGGUCCGGUUUCUGCAGCUAUCCGAGGAUCGUUGUUUGAUUGACGGCACGAUUGACGGCUUAGAGCCCGGGCCUCAUGGCCUUCACGUUCAUGAAUUCGGAGACCUCACACAGGACUGCAUGAGUUGUGGUGAGCACUACAACCCGUUUGGGAAGCAGCACGGAGGCCCACAGGACACAGAGAGGCAUGUCGGUGAUUUGGGAAACGUUCAGGCGGGAGCAGACGGCAGAGCCGCGUUCAGACUGGAGGACUCACAGCUGAAGGUGUGGGAUGUGAUUGGUCGAUCGCUGGUGGUGGAUUCAGGAGAAGAUGAUCUGGGAAGAGGAAAUCACCCUCUGUCUAGACAAACAGGAAACUCUGGCGAGAGGCUGGCGUGUGGGAUCAUUGCUCGUUCUGCAGGACUCUUUCAGAACCCCAAACAGAUCUGCGCCUGUGAUGGAGUCACUCUGUGGGAGGAGAGAGAUCGUCCAAUAGCAGGCAAAGGACGCAAAAAAGUCACCGACACACCAGCUGCCAAUUUAUGACCAUGUGACCACUCAUUGUACUAAUGAUGAAUGAUUGACAGAUUGCACUUAAAGGAGAAGAGACUCUGAGAAGACCAAAGAGAUUGUUGAUUACUAAGCAGUACCUUUUAAACUAUCGCUGAAUGUUGCCUCGUACUUUCCGUGCCGGCCUGCUGCUGGUGGUUUCUGUUCACGAAAACGCUGACUGUGCUGUUAUAGUGCUGCACAUUCAAAUUCAUGUAAAACAUGAUGACUGAGGUUGGUGUGGAGGAAAAAAAAAGCCACAGUUAUGAAUGCACUGAACUCUGCCCAUUAAAAUACAAAGCCUUCUCGCAGCCGUAAGGGAAUACACCUGCAGUUUUCAAUUUCAUCUUUAUUUACGCAUCUAUAGCGUAUGUGGGAUUACCACAGACAAGGCUUAUGGACACAUUUCCCAAAGAAAAGAACUGAAAAACUGUUUACGUUUACUUAAAACACACUUAUGGGAGUCUAAAAGCGGUUUUUGAAUUCCGUCAAUAAAACAUUUAAUAUAUGCGGCUUUAUAGCACUAACUCUUGAAACUAAAAGUCCAAAGAAAGACAGACAUCAAAGAAGUUUUUCUUAUGGAGUUUUAUCUCUAUGGACCAAAGCAGCUUACUGCUUUUCAUAACAUGUUAUGAGUUCCAUGCGCCAUCAGCCCAGAAAUAACUCUUAUUAACACAUAGCGACAAAUCGUUUCCAUCUCUCAAAGCACAAAUUCUACAUAUUUUUUGAGGUUUUUAUUUUUUUAGAGAUUAGUUUACAAAUACCUUUGACAAGAAUUCAUAAAGAAAACUUUUUAUUGCUGGAAUUCAAUAACUGCCUUCCCGUUAUAACUGCAUUUUAAAUAAUCUGUCCGUUUCAGUUUAGGGAACUGUGUCAAAGUGUUUCUUUGUGGUAAUCACACAUACAAUACAUUUGCAGGAUGUUAAUUCAUGAGUGACAACAGAAAAACGUUCACCCUUUUGUCGUAGGUUUGAAUCCCAACAACAACAACACAGCCAUCCAUGACCGGGAGAAAAGAAAGCAUAAUUAGCUGUGCUCUAUGAGUGGGAGGGGCUUACUCUCUGUCCCCUGUCAAUUACAGUGACACUAGCCAAUCGCAGGCAUCUGUGCGCUCAUGUAUGUGGAAGAGGGUAGAUAGCACUUUCGUCUGAAUGUAGCAUGAGGCUUGAAAAAUGCGUUUGGCUGGCUUCGUGUGUCUCAGAGGAAGCACGUGUUAGACUUCAUCUUCCCUGGUUAGUAGCUGUCGUAUGAUAGGUGGGAAUUGGCACAAGUAAAUUUUUAAGGAGAAAACAGGAGGAAAAUGGGGGGAAAAAAGCACAAGUAUAAUUGUAAAGACAGAUCAACAUGAAAUCCAUUACAAGAAAUCCAGUUCUUGUUUUCAGAUCAUGAAACCAAUAAUAAUAUUAUUAAUAUACAAUAAUAAUAUUGUAGAUUCAUUUUGCCCUGUGUAGUGUUGUGAUGUUCAUUUAAUGUUUAAUCUAGAAUUAAGCUUUUUCAUGUUUAAGGCACUGAAGUUAGACUGAGAAUCAGUUCUGGAUUCACGGAUAGAUUAACCAGAUUUGUCAUACAAGGUUUUGAGGUUUAAUAAUUCAACUUGCAAUGCAAGGUUUAUACAUUUUAAAUUAACCGUAAAAUGUAAUGCAACUGAGGUUUAUUAUGUUAAAUAUUUGGACUAUUUUUUCUUUGGAAUGAAAAAAUAUUUUUAUGUUAAAAAAAAAAAAAAGAUUUGGUCUGAAUGCUCUUAAAUAUUUGAAAAGGGGUCAGUAUCAAAUAAUCCAUGUAAGCCUUAAAACUGAGAUUGGAUGUUUUCACACAUAAUUAGAUUAAAUCAUAUUUUUCUAUUUUAAUGCUCAUCAUUUUGUGGUUAAUGAUGAUUAUGAAGAUUCUUGCCUGUGUGUCAUUCCUUUAAUAAUUAAAGCUUUCCAGAUCUGU